UUUGCUGUAAAAUGUCUUCAGUUCCGCCUCAUACAGAGUUUAUCAACGAGCUGUUAACUCCUGCUGAAAUAUCAUUCACAGAGUUGGAAGAAAUAACCGUCAAGUCCGAGGAAAAGAUGGAGGAUCAGCGCAGACUGCUGGAUUUUAGCCGGAUACCGAAGAUCAUCUUACACCGGAUAGAUCUCCAUCAAUACUGUAUGUGUAAAGAAGACGGGGUUCUCAAUGAGCUCAGCAACCAGGAGGGGAACUCCACUUUAAAACAAGAGGAACCAGAACCUCUGCAGAUAAAACAGGAGCAAGAAGAACCAGAACCUCAACAGUUCAAAGAGAAGCAACUCUGCAUCAGUCAAGAUGAAGAGCAGCUUGUGCUGAAACUGGAGACUGAUGACAUUUUGGUGAAUCCUUCUACUGUGCAGAGAAUUCUGAAAGAAACAGAACCACAGAGGAACCAACUCAUCUCUCAUGGUUCUACUGAAGAUGAGAAUCAGAAUCAGGAAGGAAGCAAAACUGAGGACUCAGGAAAAAAGAGAGAUGAAAAACAGAAACAUCAGAGAACCAAACAGCAGAAAGGUAAAACUGAGAGUUCAAAACAGAAAACGCACAAGACAGCUCAUCCAGACCAAAAACAAUAUUCUUGUAAAAUCUGUGGUGAAGCCUUUUCUCACAGCAGUUCCUUGACAACACGCAUGAGAACUCAUUCAGACAAGAAACCUUUGACAUGUUCAACCUGUGGAAAAAGUUUCAGAUGCAAAUCUGAGUUGCUUAGACACAUCAAGAUUCACACAGGAGAGAAGCCUUUCUCAUGUGUGACCUGUCAAAAAAGUUUCAGAGUCAGAUGUCAUUUAUUUCGUCACAUGAGGAGUCACACAAGUGAGCCUUUCUCAUGUGUGACCUGUGGAAAACGUUUCACAUGGAAGUCUCAGUUAGUUUUUCACAGAAAGAAUCACACAGGAGAGAAACCUUUCUCAUGUACAAGCUGUGAAAAAAGGUUUACCAAUAAAGUAAAUUUAACAGCUCAUGUGAUGAUUCACACAGGUGAGAAGCCUUUCUCAUGUGUUGCCUGUGGAAAAAGCUUCCGUCAACAAUCCUUUCUAACUGGUCACAUGAGAAUUCAUACAGGAGAGAUGCCUUUCAAAUGUGCAAGUUGUGGAAAAGGUUUCAGAAACAGAAGUAAUUUAAAUCGUCACAUGAGGAUGCACACAGAUGAGAAGCCUUACUCUUGUGGGACCUGUGGAAAAAUGUUCCGUCAAAAAGCUAAUUUAACUAGUCACAUGAGGAUUCAUACAGAUGAGAGACCUUUCUCAUGUGGGACCUGUGGAAAAAGUUACACAGUCAAAACAGGUUUAAUUGCCCACAUAAAUACACAUUCAAAUGUAAAGCUUUUCUUAUGUGGGAUGUGUGGAAAAGGCUUCAGUUAUCAGAGCAAUUUAACUAAACACAUGAAGACUCAUACAAGAUGAACGGCAUAAUCUGAUUCUCAAGUACCAAAACACAAUAACUCACAGUUUGGUAGCAGAUUAAUUACAGCUGAGUAACAUUUCUAUAAUGUAGCAGCUUGGAGAAGAAAAGCAUUUAGAAUAGGACGUUUAUCUAAAACACUCAACUUUCACUUUAUUCUGUCAGUUUUGUCUUUUCAUUUAAAAGGAUUUUUAAGUGAGAUAUUAAGUCUUAUGACAUUAUGCAUGCUUUUUAUUUUUUUUGUCUAAUGAGAUUAAUAGUCUGUCUCUGGAAGUAACAAUGGAUUUGAAUGUUUUUAGAUAUUGACUUGUAAAGCUGUAUUGUAUGUCUAUUUGUACUUUUAUUUAAUUAAUUUUGGUUAGAGCAUGUUAGCUGUAACUGUUGAGGGACGUAUAUUUAGAUCAGCGGUUGUGGUAAUGGAGUAUUUUCCAUAUGUGAUUGUUCUUUUUGUUUUAACCUUUUAACCCUCAACCCCAAAAUCACCAAAAACAUCUGAAAAGGUAUACGCAAAUUAAAUCAGCUGAUGUUCU